CCCAUGUUGGAAGGCAACGGAAUAGACCACCACACCACCCAGACGCCACCUAUGGCUGCUGGAAGUGGUCUGACAUUGCUGUCAUGAUGUCAAACCGGGACAUUCUGCUGCAGGUCUUGACUGAGCUUGAGCCACUGGAGCUGAAGCAGUUUCAGUAUUGUUUGACCCACAAGGUCCUGAAGACCUUCGUCCCCAUCCCGGGAUACCACCUUGGAUCUGCUGAUGCUGACAGCAUCAUCAAGGCCAUGCUGAGGUAUUAUGGAGAGGAGGAUGCCGUGAGGAUAAUGGCAGAGAUUAUCAGUUCCUUCGGAAUUGUCUGUCACAGCGAUCAGUUUCUCCGACAUGGCUCUCCGACCCUUUUCCAUUCACAGACCAAAUGGUCACCAAAACACAUCCCGGACCUCAUCCAGAGCCUCCGCAGGGAGCUGGUGUGCAGAAUACGACAUGUUGGCCUUGUUCUCUGCACUUUGCUGAAACAUGGCAUUCUGGAUGAAGCACAGAGCGAAGCUGUCAGAAUCUAUGCCAGUCAGAGGGAAAAGAACCGGGCCCUCGUGGACCUGGUCCUGAGGAAGGGCGCUGACACUCUGGGAGGCUUCUAUGAGGCUUUGUGUCAAUGUGAACCACUCUUGAUGGAGGAGCUGAGGGCUCAUCCAGCUGUCUCCAAGGAGCCACUGACAGUUCCAGUCAUCAGGAUUUUGUUGGGGACGUUGGUAUCAGAUGAGCUGAUGGCAUUCCAGUGGUAUCUCACACAGCAUGCCAUGGCAGGCCACCCUCCUGUUGACAGGCAGCAGCUGGUGGAAGCAGACAGUCUGGAGACAGAGAAGGUUCUGGAGAGACACUACGGUCCUGAACAGGCCACCAUGGUUGCCCUGCAAACCUUCCAGAAGAUCAUUCCAGAGCAAAGUUUUGUUCUGAGAGGGGAGCUGCUGUCUGGCUCUGCUGUGUCAACAGGAGGCGCCGAACCCACCAGAACAGAACGGGACUCGGCUGUGAUACCGGUGGACAUGACACCUGAAGUGCACAAGGAGGGCAACAUGUACCGGUUACAGUGUCCGUGGGCUGGGGUGUUUCGCUGCAGCGUCACCGGCCUGGUGUUUGAGGGGGAUGGAGAGGUCAUCUACUGGUCUGUUGCCUGGGACCGCAGGUUUCUGAACUCCAAAGGCCUGAAACCUGCAGGGCCGCUCUUCAAGUUCACCUGUCUGAGCGGCUCGUUCUCCAGACUGCAACUCCCACACUGCCAGAUGUCCUCCGAUGACAGCCAUGACGCUCUGUCUGUGGCCCACGUGACGGAGAACAAGGUGGAGUUCAUCCAGCCUAACAGGAUGACGGACAAGUAUGUGGUCAUCAACAUCUCUGGGUUUUCUGGCUUCGGUCUGGUCACAGAGACCGGCCCGGCCGCCGAGACUCCCAUUAACGGAAUAGUUCUGCUGUUCUACGAAGCGUGCGCUGACCCGGACCUCUACGCUUCCCUCUACGUCUUACUGCUUCCCAGGAACGCUAUUAUUCCUCAGGUGAUAAAAGAGUGGAACAGGAGAAAUGGAACGGUGUACAUCGAAGCACUUCCUGACUGUGAGCUGGUCCCAAAUCAGACCUACAAGCUGUAUGCAAGUCCUGUCCAGAACAUCCAACCUGAGAAAGCAAAAUUCAUCAAUUUUGAAGAGUAUGACAACUACACAGCAUCAUUCGAGGUCCAGCUUGCAAUAGAUGCAAAGAAAGUGGAGUUGGUGUUAAAAAACCAGGCCCACCCACCCUGGCUGACCCGCUGGCUGUUUGGCCCAUACGAGUCUGAGGUCUGGAGCAGAGUCAUCAAAUUUAAAGGAGCUCCUCCGCCGUACGUCAUAGAAGAGAGUUGUGAGAUGAGAGACGUUCUCCUCAACAUUCUGAGCGCAUUGAAGGAGGACCAACUCCGGAUCUUCCAGAAACACCUGAGCCUCCUUGAAGACCCAAUCCAUGUGUGUGUCCUGGAGACAGCAGACAGGAUGACCACGGUGGAGCGGAUGGUCCAGAAAUACCUGGCCCGAGGAGCCAAGGACAUCACCGUGGACAUCCUGAAGAAGAUGGAAUUCAUUCAACUCGCCGAGGAUCUACAGAGGAGGUGAUGGAGCUCAAUAAGACCAUAUCAGCUGCUUUCUGAGGGAC